AUCGUCUUCUAGAUCGUGUUAAUGAUUACUUGAUCAGUAAACAUGCCGAAUUCUUAAAAAAAGAUCCUGGUCAAAUACUUCAAAUCACCUUUAAAUAUGAGUCUUGUUCAAAAUUGAGAGAUUAUUGCCUUAAAACAAUUAGUGAAUCUCCGGAAAUACUUUUUAGUUCGCCGGAUUUUCUAUCUUUGGAUAAGUCAAUUUUUCUCCUUCUGCUUGAACGUGAUGAAUUAAAAAUGGAAAAUAUAGAUAUCUGGAAAUAUAUGUUAACGUGGGGCGUUGCUCAAUUAUCAAAUACUUUUACCAUAAAUCAUGUAUCACAUGAUAUUUCUCGGUUAAAAGAUUUACUUCAAAAUAUCGAUAUUUUUUCAUUAAAAAAUUUACUUCAAGAUUUAAUUCCAUUAAUUAAAUGGCUCGAAAUUCCAUCUGCUGCAUUUUGGAAAAACGUUGUUCCUUUCAAAGAAUUAUUUCCGGAAGAUCUUUUAUGGGCUAUCAUAGGUUGUCAUCUUGAUCCUACUGAUGAAUCU